AUGGUUCCCUACCUUCGGGGCCAAGACCUUUUCCAUUUUGUCGAUGGCUCAAGUAAACCACCUUCUCGACUUCUCUCUGAUAAGACUACUGUUAAUCCAAAUUUUCUUGCUUGGACCAAAAUGGAUCAGAUGAUCCUCAGUGUCAAAAUUUCGACUCUUUCCUAUAAUCUGAUUGCUCAAAUGGUUGGGCAUUCUACCUCUCAAGUUGCUUGGUCAGCUAUUGAAAAACUCUUUGCUUCCCAAUCGCAUGCUCGUGUGAUUCAACUUCGUUAUCAGUUAGCCACCAUUUCCAAAGGUGCUAGCUUUGUUUUUUACUAUUUUCGAAAACUCAAACAUCUCUCAGAUACUAUGUGUGCUGCUAGCGCACCCAUUUCCUCCGAUGAAUUCACCUCUUAUCUCCUUGUUGACUUAAACAGUGACUAUGAUGCCCUUGUUACCUCUGUCACAGCCAGACUUGAACUAAUGUCCCCUGAGGAAUUAUACAGUUUUCUCCUUACCCUUGAGAGUCGUUUGGUUCAUUCUAAUCAUCUACCCAUGUCUACCACUCUCUCUGCAAAUUAUACUUCUAGCUCUCCACACUUCAACAAUCGUGGGCGAGGAAACUAUCGAGGUUAG